ACGGUGGUGAGGCAGCCCCCGGCAGCCAUUUCCAACGAGCUGGCGGGGGUGAAAGAUGGCGACACCCGUCGGGUGGUCGCAGGGGGGGUCAGGAUCGGUGUGUCUCGCCUUCGAUCAACUGCGGGACGUGAUUGAGUCUCAGGAGGAACUGAUCCACCAGCUGAGGAACGUGAUGGUUCUCCAGGAUGAAAAUUUUGUCAGUAAGGAAGAGUUCCAGGCAGUGGAGAAAAAGCUGGUGGAAGAGAAAGCUGCCCAUGCCAAGACCAAGGUCCUCCUGGCCAAGGAAGAGGAGAAGUUGCAGUUUGCCCUUGGAGAGGUAGAGGUGCUGUCUAAACAGCUGGAGAAAGAGAAGCUGGCCUUUGAAAAGGCGCUCUCCAGUGUCAAGAGCAGAGCCCUGCAGGAGUCCAGCAAGAAGGACCAGCUCAUCACCAAGUGCAAUGAAAUUGAGUCUCACAUUAUAAAGCAAGAAGAUAUACUUAAUGGCAAAGAGAAUGAGAUUAAAGAGUUGCAGCAUGUUAUCAGCCAGCAGAAAGAGAUCUUCAGGAAUCACAUGUCUGACUUCCGGAUCCAGAAGCAGCAGGAGAACUAUAUGGCCCAGGUGCUGGACCAGAAGCAUAAGAAAGCCUCAGGGACGCGUCAGGCCCGGAGCCACCAGCGUGCCAGGGAAAAAUAAAAUGGCCGUCGCCUUUCUGUUCUCUGGCUGUAAUGCCCGACCUCUGCCUUCUCUGCUGUGGAAUCCCCAUCCUGACCCUUCCUAUCCCUGUGGGUAACCUCCCUCAGGCCUCACCAGUGGCCCAAGCCCCAGGGAAGAGGCAGGGUAAGAGGCAAAAGACACUCUUCUUCCUUCUCCCUGCCUGCCUUUUGGACUUGGGUGACCCAAGUGAGAAUCAAGUUACCAGGGACUGGGUGGGGAACAGGCCUUGGAUCACCACCUGCCAGGCCACUCCUGGGCUCAGAAGUCUGAGGAUGCUGCUCAAGUCUCCAGCACCUGCUACUUCCCUCAGGAAGCAGUGGCGGUCCAUGGAGGUACACGGCUGUAGAAUAGGGAAGGAUUACUUGGUUGUCUAGUAGGCAUUGGCCUUUUGUACUCUUGGUAUUAAAUCCCUCCAUAUGUAAACA